ACCCAGGCCCGGCAGACUCCUCUCGGCUUGCUGCGGAGGAACGGCUGUUGGUGUCUUCCUUUGGCUAGCUAGAAGUGGGCUCUUUGCUCCUGGUCGCUGAGCCUCUUCUACAGGAGGAACCAUGGCGCUCAGGGUCACUAGGAGCACGAAACUUAACACGGAAAAUAAGGCCAAGGUCAGCAUGGCAGGCGCCAAGCGUGUGCCUGUGGCAAUUGCUGCAGCCUCCAAGCCCGGGCUGAGACCAAGAACCGCUCUCGGAGAUAUUGGUAACAAAGUCAGCGAACAGGCACAGGCCAGACUGCCUCUGAAAAAGGAACUAAAAACUUCAGUUACUGGGAAAGUUUCAGCCAAAAUCCCACCAAAACUUCUGGAGAAGGUUCCUGUGAGUGAGCCAGAGGUGGAAAUUACUGAGCCUGAACCUGUUAUGGAAGAAAAGCUUUCUCCUGAACCUAUUUUGGUUGAUAAUCCCUCUCCAAGCCCAAUGGAAACAUCUGGAUGUGCCCCUGCAGAAGAAUAUUUGUGUCAGGCUUUCUCUGAUGUAAUUCUUGCCGUGAGUGAUGUGGAUGCAGAUGAUGGAGCUGACCCAAACCUCUGUAGUGAAUAUGUGAAAGACAUAUAUGCUCAUCUCAGACAACUGGAGGAAGAACAGUCAGUUAGACCAAAAUACUUACUGGGCCGUGAAGUCACUGGAAACAUGAGAGCGAUCCUAAUUGACUGGCUGAUUCAGGUUCAGAUGAAAUUUAGGCUGCUACAGGAGACCAUGUACAUGACUGUUUCCAUUAUUGACCGGUUCAUGCAGGAUAAUUGUGUGCCCAAGAAGAUGCUGCAGCUGGUUGGUGUGACCGCUAUGUUUAUUGCAAGUAAAUAUGAAGAAAUGUACCCUCCAGAAAUAGGUGACUUUGCUUUUGUGACUAACAAUACUUACACCAAGCACCAAAUCAGACAGAUGGAAAUGAAGAUUCUGAGAGUUCUAAACUUCAGUUUGGGUCGCCCUCUGCCUCUGCACUUCCUCCGUAGAGCAUCUAAAAUUGGAGAGGUUGAUGUUGAACAGCAUACUUUGGCCAAAUACCUCAUGGAGCUCACAAUGCUGGACUACGACAUGGUGCACUUUCCUCCUUCUCAAAUUGCAGCUGGAGCUUUUUGCUUAGCACUGAAGAUCCUUGACAACAGUGAAUGGACACCAACUCUGCAGCACUACCUGUCCUACACUGAAGAAUCCCUUUUGCCUGUUAUGCAGCACCUGGCUAAGAAUAUCGUCACGGUGAACCGCGGCCUUACAAAGCACAUGACUGUCAAGAAUAAGUAUGCAACAGCCAAGCAUGCCAAGAUCAGCACUCUGGCACAGCUGAAUUGUACACUGGUUCAAAAUUUGUCCAAGGCUGUGGCAAAGGCAUAACUCAAGUAGACCACCACUACACCUGCAAAUGCGAUUGGCACCAUGUGCCGCCUGUACAUAGUAUAAAUUGUUUGUGUUUUUCAAUAAAGGUCAUUUUACUUUCAUAGCUCACCUCAUUUGAAUGGUUUGCUUCUGACUCUAGGAUAACAAAAGUUGUCUGAAACAUUUAGGAAUUUUUUUCCUUUUUUUUUUUCGUAUCUUUUUUCUGUUUUUCAUUUAGGAAUAUUUUUAAAACUGGUUUUACUUUAACAGGGGAUCCAAGUAAUGUAUAUAAUUGUAGCCUAUGUUUAUAUACCUUUUAUGUGUCCUGAUCAUGUCUUAAGUCAACCUGCAUAGUCCUCUGCCUAGCUCUGGUUUCAACUGUAUAUCUACCGGCUUGUCCCUAGUUCCAUUUUCUUCAGGUGGUUGCUGCCCUUCACCAUCUCUUGAGCUAUGGACUUUCAUAGCUGAAACCCAGGUUUUUGUGUGUAAUUAUUUAUUUGUUCUUAAUUGACUUGGAAAAUAGGAUGUUUAAAACUAAAGGUAUCUUUUAAAAGAAAUUGCCCCUCAGUCUCAAUGUCCUGUAUAAAUGUAAUCAUGCAUGUGUUAUCAAGGAGAUAUUUUUAAUAUGGGUUCAUUUUUUUCCCAACAAUGCCAUUCACUGCCUAUAUUGCAUUCAUAGUGUGCAUUUCGUACUGUAUGUAAUGUAUUCCGUCUUCCCUUCAAAGACAUUCGGACUGCAUUCUCUCAUUGCCUCUGUUAUACACAGUACUGGUAAAAUGCUGUUUUGUGCUUUGCUUCACCUUAUACGUAGCAGCUUUCCUAGGGGGAGUAUGCUUCAAAUUCUGACACAGCUGGAUAAGACCAAGGUGCCACUUCCUCUCUUUCUUCUGUCUUGUGACUCUGGCAAAAAUCAUGUCUCUUGCUGUUUUAAUUCAUACAUCCAGUAAUAAAGUUGAAUAAAAUUUUAUUAAU